GUAAAGCGGGGCAAUAACAUUCACGCGAAGCCAUUGUGACUCAGGCGAGCAACGAGAAAAAAAAACCCAUUAUCUACACUCCUAAUCGAAUUUCUCCAAACCGUAUUAAAUUCUCUGAAGCAUCAAACUUUCCCAAUCGAAGAUCUCGAGAUCUGGAAAUUAGGCUUAGAUCUCUGAACCCCAAGUUUUUUUAGGGUUAUUAUCUGAGAAAAUGGAUGGAAAGAAGAAGAAGAACAAGAAGAAGAGGGGAAAUAGCCAGAACAAGCUUGCGGAUGAUGUUCCGGCUAGUUCGCAGGAAGUUGCUAAUGCGGAGCAGGACAAUGGAUCUGCUCCUCAAUUGAAUCACAUCCCGAAGGUUCCGAGCACGACCGAUAUUCAGAGUGUUGGAGUUUCGGAAUCGGAUAUCGAGCUGGACAGGCACAAAGUUUAUGAAGAGAGAUUUGUCAAACUGCAAGUAGAAGUUAGACAACUGCACGAGGAGAAGAACCAGUGGCUUGAGAAAGGGGCUAGCUUGGAGGAUAAAAUCAAACAUUUACAAAAUGAUGUAGACUUCUGCAUAGAGAACAAGGUUGAUUUAGAGGAGAAACUUAAAAAUCUACGGAGAGGAAAUGAUUUGUUUAUGGAAAAAGAGGUACUUCUCAUUGUGCUCUUUAAUUCUUUUUCCGAUACGUUGAAGUAAGAAGCGUUGUUGUGGGAUCU